AGGUAUAAGGACGUUAGAUUUGAGUAGUCAGUAUGUACAGGGACGUUAGAUUUGAGUAGUCAGUAGGUAUAAGGACGUUAGAUUUGAGUAGUCAGUAGGUAUAAGAACAUUAGAUUUGAGUAGUCAGUAGGUAUAAGGACGUUAGAUUUGAGUAGUCAGUAGGUAUAAGAACAUUAGAUUUGAGUAGUCAGUAGGUAUAAGAACAUUAGAUUUGAGUAGUCAGUAGGUAUAAGGACGUUAGAUUUGAGUAGUCAGUAUGUACAGGGACGUUAGAUUUGAGUAGUCAGUAGGUAUAAGGACGUUAGAUUUGAGUAGUCAGUAGGUAUAAGAACAUUAGAUUUGAGUAGUCAGUAGGUAUAAGGACGUUAGAUUUGAGUAGUCAGUAGGUAUAAGAACAUUAGAUUUGAGUAGUCAGUAGGUAUAAGGACAUUAGAUUUGAGUAGUCAGUAGGUAUAAGGACGUUAGAUUUAAAUAGUCAGUAGGUAUAAGAACAUUAGAUUUGAGUAGUCAGUAGGUAUAGGAACGUUAUAUUUGAGUGGUCAGUAGUUAUAAGGACAUCAGAUUUGAGUAGUCAGUAGGUAUAAGGACGUUUGAUGGAAGCAGGUAUAGGAACGUUAGAUUUGAGUAGUCAGUAGGUAUAAGGACGUUGGAUUUAAGUAGUUAAGGUGUAUGGUUGUUGAGUAGACAGUAAGUUUAGGUAAGUAAUCAGAAAGUAUGGGGAGAGUUAAGAUAAGUAGUAAGUGUAGUAGCCAGAUUGCUGCUGUUGGGUCCUUAAGCAUUUACCCUUCAAUUGCUCAGACUGUAUACUGUAACUGUAAUGUAAGUCGCUUUGGAUAAAGGCGUCUGCUAAAUGCCGUAAAUGUAAAUGUACAUGUGUAGGGUCUGUGUGGUUUGUGACACGACCCUGUGGACAGUGUCUCUUUAAACAGGCUGUGUGGAUGAUUGCAGAUGUAAUGGAUGAGAAAAGGUUUAGCGGCGCUCUUUCUUCAUUCUGCUUCCCUACAUCCAUCCAUCCGUGUCACCGGAUCAGCUCUCAUUACUGCAGCAGCAGCAGCAGCAGCAGCCGCUCUAGUGUACCAGUUACCAGCUCAUGUCUGUUUUCCAUUAUGGAUUUUAAUGUAAAGAAACUGGCAUCAGACGCGGGUGUGUUCUUCACACGGGCUGUUCAGUUUACAGAGGAGAAGUUGGGUCAGGCAGAGAAGACUGAGUUGGACGCUCACCUGGAGAACCUGAUUGCUCGAGGAGAUUGCACCAAGAACUGGACAGAGAAGAUCUUCAGGCAGACUGAGGUGUUGCUGCAGCCCAACCCCAGUGCCCGCAUUGAGGAGUUCCUGUACGAGAAACUGGACAAAAAGCUCCCGACCAGGACGACCAAUGGGGAGCUGCUAGGACAGUACAUGCAGGAUGCUGCCAAAGACUUUGGACCUGGGACUCCUUACGGCAGUACUUUGUACACAGUUGGGGAGUAUCAGAAGAGGCUAGGAGGUGCGGAGAGAGAGUUUUUACAAGCAUCAGCCGUCAGCUUCCUUACCCCUCUACGAAACUUCCUAGAAGGCGACUGGAGAACCAUAUCGAAAGAACGCAGGCUUUUGGAGAACCGCCGCCUCGAUUUAGACGUCUGCAAAGCACGUCUAAAGAAAGCAAAACUGGCCGAAGCCAAGGCUGCUGCUGCACCUGAUUUUCAGGAGACUAGGCCUCGCAAUUAUGUUCUGUCUGCCAGUGCAUCUGCGCUUUGGAGUGAAGAGGUAGAAAAAGCAGAGCAAGAGCUACGAGUGGCUCAGACUGAGUUUGACCGACAGGCGGAGGUGACCCGUCUUCUUCUUGAAGGCAUCAGUAGUACACACGUGAAUCAUUUGCGAUGCCUGCAUGAGUUUGUGGAGGCCCAGGCAGCCUACUUUGCCCAGUGUUACAAGCACAUGCAGGAUUUGCAGAAGGAACUCUGUAGUGCAAAUGGAGAUACGUUUCCUAAUGCCUUUGCUGGAAAUGCUUCCACAUCAGGGAUUUCGGUUCCCUCCACCCUUUCCAGUGCUGCUAUGCCUGGGGCUUCCACUCCCACUGCCUCCUCAGGCUCUUUGGAGCCCACCCCACUGAACAUUGAGGAAGUGAAACCUCCAGCCACAGGUACACGCAAGGCCAAAGUGCUGUACGAUUACGACGCUGCAGACACAAGCGAGCUCUCGCUGUUAGCAGAUGAGUUGAUUACAGUCUACACAGUCCCCGGCAUGGACCCGGACUGGCUCGUUGGAGAGAGGGGGAAUCAGAAAGGCAAGGUGCCUGUCACAUACCUUGAGCUGCUCAGCUAAAUACACAUGUACAAAAUUACACAGAGGGAGAUGCAAAGUCUUUUAGUGCCCUUACAAAAACAGUUUGUCGUGUAUUUAAGCUGUUAGAAGGUUGUCAACAGGCAAAUUCAGUUUGUGAGAAAGCAAAUGAACAUUGCAUGAGCAGACCUAACACUCUGGGACCUAAUGAAUAUUUUUGUAUUACUGUUUGCCUGUAGCUUAUUCAUUUAUUUAACUUCUCUACACUUGAAUGACCUAAGUAAGACCUUAGUUUUAUGACGAUUACUUAAGAGAUAAGUUACCCGUCAGUGCACUGAGAAAGCCAUGAUACACUACAAAGAUAUGAAUAAAGUUUGCUCAGUACCAGUUUUA